CCCCCAACCCCAAAACAAGGGCCCAGAGCCUCCCAGGGGGCUGGUUAACCCCCCAACCCGAUACAAGGGCCCAGAGCCUCCUGGGGGCUGGUUAACCCCCCAACCCGAUUUACAAGGGCCCAGAGCCUCCUGGGGGCUGGUUAACCCCCCAACCCGAUACAAGGGCCCAGAGCCUCCUGGGGGCUGGUUAACCCCCCAACCCCAAAACAAGGGCCCAGAGCCUCCCAGGGGGCUGGUUAACACCCCCCCAACCCUGAUACAAGGGCCCAGAGCCUCCUGGGGGGCUGGUUAACACCCCCAACCUGAUACAAGGGCCCAGAGCCUCCCAGGGCUGGUUAACACCCCCCAACCCUGAUACAAGGGCCCAGAGCCUCCCGGGGCUUUGCCAACUCCAUGUGAAGACGACUUCAAGGCAGGGGCCACGUGGGAUGAGCCCGCAUGGCAGGGGAGUGGCAGCCAAGGCUGAGACACAGACAAGCGCAGGGUCCAAGGAGACAGCGGUUCAGCCAGGCCCCUCAGAGGGCAGAUGAGGGCCACAGCACAGCCCACAGGGACCACAGCCCACGGAACCUCAGCCCACAGAACCUCAGCCCACGGAACCACAGCCCACAGAACCACAGCCCACAGAACCACAUCCCAUGGAGGGACCACAGCCCACUGGGACCACUGCCAUGGAGCAAGGAGCCCCACGUGAUCCGUCCCCUGCCCUACUGGCACCGACUCUCCUUGAUCCACUGGGAUGCCCACACUCCAUGGGACACACGGCCACACUGCGGAUGGGCAUUGCCCUCUACACUCAGCCCCACCCAGCGGCCACUUCUGUCCACAUCCUGCUGGCCAGAGGCCCGGGCGUCAGACACCCCCAGACCACCUGCCCCAUGUUUGAGCAGACCCCACCUUCUGCCCUGGGGAUUCCUGGCUGGGUGGUCAACAAGGGGAGUCUGGGGGUUCAGCACCCAACUCUGCUCAGCCAACAUCCCCCUCGGGACUUACCUUGCCCCUGGGGGCCUCGGACACUGGGAGCACGGUGGACAGUUCACACUGAGCUCUCGCCUAGACGGUCCCAACCCAGACACAAAUGCAGGAACUCUUCCUCCUCCAGCGUCCACGGUCACCCAGGAUGCACCACGGCAUCCAGACCCAGCUUCCUGACCCAGCCCUGCCCCUUCCUAGCUCAGGCCAGGGCCCAGGAGACCCCUCCACAUCCCUCACCCCACCCUACCC